AUGUCGAUUGGCUCGUGGAUCCGCACGUUUCCUCUAAUUCAGUACCUGCUGGUCUGGGCGCAAGACAUCUUUGUCUCCAUCCUGCGAACCGGCCCCGUGCCCCAGCAUGUCGCUUUCGUCAUGGACGGCAACCGUCGAUUCGCGCGGCGAUGCAAGCUAGAAGUCCGCGAGGGCCAUUCUGCCGGGUUUGAGAGCUUGGCGCAUAUUCUGGAGAUGUGCUACCAAGUAGGCAUCAAGACGGUCACCGUCUACGCGUUCUCUAUCGAGAACUUCAAGAGACCGCCUGUGGAGGUUGAUGCGCUGAUGGAGAUUGCGCGGACAAAGCUGCUGCAGAUUAUUCAUCACGGAGACUUGGCUGAUCGGUUUGGGAUCUCGAUCAGAGUGCUUGGUCAGAGGUCGAUGAUUCCCUCUGACGUGCUUGCUGCGAUUGACAAGGCGACGGAGAUGACGAAGCACAAUACGACCGCGAUUCUCAACAUUUGCUUCCCAUACACCUCUCGGGAUGACAUUGCGACGGCGAUGCGCGACAUAGUGCAGCAAUCGGAGAAGCACGAGCUAGACCCUGCGACGAUCGACGAGUACAUGCUCGAGCAGCACAUGUUUACAAAAGACUGUCCGCCGCUCGAUAUCCUGGUGCGGACGUCCGGCGUGGAGCGGCUGUCUGACUUUAUGCUGUGGCAAUCGCACCAGGACUGCGUGGUUGAGUUUGUGGACGUGCUGUGGCCGGAGUUUGAGCCGUGGCGGUUUGGGUCGCUUUUGCUGAAGUGGAGCCGGAAUAAGGCGGUUGAGUAUCGCAAGCAGGAGAUGGAGCAGGAUCAGAAGAUUCUUUAG